AUGAUGUUUAGUAUAUUAAUCAAAAAAGCCUUUCGUUCCAUUUCACCCCUUACUUCUCAUUGUACCAAGCAGCCAAAUUCAGUAUCAUAUGCUACUCUCAACCAAGUAAUUCGUGGUAUGCGUAAGACGAAACGUAAGCUCUCAAAAUCUCCAGCAUUAGAAGGAUGUUAUCAAAAAAAAGGAGUUUGUAGUAAAGUUUACACAACAAAACCAAAGAAGCCCAAUUCUGCAGUACGCAAAGUUGCUCGUGUUAAAUUAUCCACCGGUAAACUUGUCACCGCUUACAUACCCGGCGAAGGACAUAAUUUGAGUGAACAUAGUAAUGUUCUGGUACGAGGUGGUCGAGUCAAAGACUUGCCAGGAGUUAGAUAUCAUCUCAUAAGAGGUGCUUUGGAUUUUGCAGGAGUUCCGAAUCGAUCAACUUCUCGUUCAAAAUAUGGAACUAAAAAACCAAAAGCUGCCACAAAAUAA